UGGAGUCGAGGAUUCGGUCUGUUGGGUUCCAUCUUUGGAAGGGACAGUGCAAUAAAUCAGUCAAACAGUGUUUUUGGACUCGUGUUUUAUAUACUACAAAUGCUACUUGGUAUGACAGCAAGUGCAGUAGCAGCUCUAAUCCUCAUGACAUCCUCCAUAGUGUCUGUAGUAGGGUCAUUGUACUUGGCAUACAUUCUGUACUUCGUGCUGAAGGAAUUUUGCAUUGUCUGCGUCGUCACAUAUUUGCUGAACUUCAUUCUCUUUAUCGUCAACUACAAACGACUAGUUUAUUUGAACGAGGCCUGGAAACGGCAACUCCAACCCAAACAGGAGUAACGCCUGUUUGAACUUUUGACUGACAGUCUGAAGACCCAACUUCCAUUAAGUUUAUUUUGCAGUAAUUUUUUAUUCUCCAUAUCAGACACUUUCCCUGAGUAACUGAAUUUUUAAUUAUAAAUUUGAAGGGGCCCUAGGUAACUUUUUUUUGUGCUAAUCUUCAAUUUAAAUGUGGUUAUGAAAGAAAGCUCUAAUACAAUCAAAGACAAGCUUUAACUUUACUUUGAAGGAGUUUUAGCCACAGCAAAACCUAGACUCUCUCUCUUCCCCCUCCACUUGUGAAGUGGGUGACACCUGCUAUAAAAUAUCCUGUAUAUAAAUUCAGGUAUAACAAGAUGUGAUCAUAGCAUUAAAUAUUCUAGACUAGCAUUACCAUAUUUAAUGUUGCCAUGUUUACAGUAUGUGUGUUACUUUUUUUUAGCUGACGGACUUAGAUUUGACUAGGACUUAUACUGUAAAUAAAAUUAGAAAUACUGGUUUCAUCCCUGGAGAAGUCACUGAACAGUCAGUUUUGUUAGCCUAGGAGCUGUCAGAGUGUUCAGCUAAUAGUCGACUGACACGAUGGAAGAAGUGACCUCUGUAGAGAACACCGUGUUGCUGCACUCGCUGCUAGUGCUCUCGCAAGAAUGAUGGUUGGGUUUUGUUCCGUUUUUGCUAUUUUUUUAUCUCCAGUAACGAAAAUGGAAUUAAAGCUGAGACCUGAAGUAUGUUC